GCCCUUCGGCGGCGCCGCCAUGCAGGAGGGCGUGCGGCUGCGCGCGGGUGCCUCCAAGGGGGACAUCCGGGAGAAGGUGUGGGAUUACCUGGAGGCCAGCGGCCUGGCUGAGUUCCCCCGGCCCGUGCAUCACCGCAUCCCUAAUUUCAAGGGUGCACCUCAUGCUGCGACAAGGCUUCUGGGUUUAGAGGAGUUCAAAGCUGCCAAUACUGUAAAAAUAAAUCCCGAUGCUCCCCAGAAGAAUGCUCGCUUUCUAACGCUGGAAGCAAGGAAGACUUUGUUGGUUCCAACACCACGUCUGAGGAGUGGGCUGUUCAAUAAGAUUGUUCCACCUCCAGGUGCAACUAAGGAGACACUGCGGAUAUGUGCUACAUCUCAGGGCAUAAAAGAGUACAGUGUGCCUGUGGGUCUUGAUGGGAAAGCACGAGUGGACUUGGUUGUUGUAGGAUCAGUGGCUGUCUCUGAAAAAGGCUGGAGAAUUGGAAAAGGAGAAGGUUAUGCAGACAUGGAAUAUGCAAUGAUGGUGUCAAUGGGAGCAGUGACAGAGGACACACCUGUGAUUACUAUCGUGCAUGACUGCCAGGUAGUUGACAUAGCAGAAGAGCUCCUUGGUGAUCACGAUUUAACCAUUGAUUAUAUACUCACACCAACUAGAACUAUCAAGACUAAUUGCAAACGACCAAAACCACAUGGAAUACUGUGGCAUAAGGUCAGCUAUGAGAUGCUGGGGAAAAUCCCCAUCCUCAAGAGUCUUCGGUACAAAGAGAAGCAGGCGGGCAAGGAUGUUACCCUCCAAGAUGAGCAGCCAGAUCUGGCAAAUGCCAGCAAGUCAGCAGCAUUGAAUGGGAAGGCAAUGGAUGGAAAUACAAGACCACAAGCUUCAAUGGGCUCAGCUCAAGCAGGACAACAGUAUGUUGAAAGUGAUUCUUUAAGUCCCAGAUUAGAGGGAUCUGGCACGGUUACUACUGUGUAUGUGGGGAACAUACCUCCCAACCUAAGAGUGAGUGAGCUGAAAUGUGCUUUAAGGGAAUUCCGUGCAGCUCCUUUACGAGUGAGUUGGCAGGGAGCACAGCACAGGGCUUUUCUCGAUUACAAGGAUAAAGCAACCGCAGAGAGUGCUGUAUCCUCUUUGAAAGGCUUGAGCCUCGGGGGCAAUACUUUGCGAGUUGAGCUGGCCAAGAAUCAGAGAAACAAAGGGCAAGUAGAAAUCAAUAGUCAGACAUGAAUAUGAAUAGAGGAAAGAAGAAAAAAAAAAAGGCGUGUUUUUAUUGUUUUGCAAGAAGCAGACCUAAGUUUUCAAGGUUAUUAGUAUGUGCUGUGAUCUCCACAGGCUAAACAACAAACGCAAAGCCAUAUAUUCAAAUAAAUGAGCAUACAUCUCA